UCGCUCUUUCACGAAGAUAUAGGCAGAAGGCAGAAGGACGACGAACACAUGCGUAAACACAUGUGUUAGAUUGUAGGAAAUUUGCAACGCAGAAAUCACAACAAUGGUUUCGAUUAAAGGCGAAAAGAAGGUCAAUUUAGAUCGCUUGAGAGAAAAGCUGAAUUCUGAAUACAACUUUAUCACAAGUGUGUUGGACCGAGUACCAUCCAUAUAUUGGCAAGGUAAUUCCAACGAUGGUACAGACGAAGCAGAAAAUGCUGAAGGAUCAAAGUGGAAACCUGAUGCUGGUUCGAAGGUUGUUGCCAAUGCCAAUAAGAAGCCUAGAGCCACUACUAUUGAAGAGUUACAGGAAAGGCUGGAGGCGUGUAAAGCUAAGAAGGCACAGGGUUACAGAGAUUUAGUUACCAAGAAGAAUCUUAAAUCAAAAUUGAAAAAAGCAGAGAAGAAGAGGAAAAAGGCUGAUGAGAGGAAUUUGAAACACAAACAACUGAAGUUGGAGAAACAGGCAGCUAAGCAAACAUCUAAGAAUGGAACUGUUGAAAAUGCACCCGACCAGAAGCCUUCAAAACCAGUAUUUAAUAGUGAAGGUAAAAUGGUAUUUAGUAAAUUUGACUUUUCAGAAAUAGGGUCUCAGAAAGAAGAGAAAAAGAAGAAGAAGGAACUGAAAGAUCCUAGGAAAAUUCUUGAAAAGCUAAAGGAAAAGAAAGAAACACUCAAAAAACUUAAAGACGAAGGGCAAGAAGCAAAAGUUCUUGAAAUAAAGCAGAAAGAAGCAUGGAGUAAUGCUCUUAAAAAAGCAGAGGGUGUAAAAAUUAAAGAUGAUCCUGAGCUAUUGAAAAAGACCCUCAAACGAGAAGAAUCUAAAAAGAAGCGAAGUGCUAAGCAGUGGGCCUCUCGAGAGCAUACCAAGAAGAAGGCUUUAUCCGAUAGAGUACAGAAACGUGAAGGUAACAUCCAAGCAAGGAAAGACCAACAGAAAAAUAAGAAGCGAGCCAAAGCAAUCAAAAAGGGGCGGAUUGUGCCAGGUUUUUAAAGUUCGUAGACUUUCUUCUCUUUAAUCAUCUAUGGAAAAUAUUAUUAUUGAAAUAAUUUUGUACAUACAUUCUAUAAAUAAAUAACAAUUUGCUAUUAA